GAAAAUAUCUGAGAACAAAAUUAUGAUCAUGGCAUAAAUCGUGGCUCCUUGUUUUGCGGACCAAAACAAAUUGUUGAUACAGAUAUACCAGACUAUUGCGCGAUACUUUUCAUGCCCUGAAGCUGGACAGUAUCGCAGCCAAUGUUUUAGAGAGAAAACGAAAUAUCAGUGACAUCAGACUGAUAAUCAAAAAGCCGAGACGGGACUUAAUUAGAAACAAAUAGGCUAGGAUAAGUUAUGCAGUCGGAAAAUUUAGCGAAAGUCAACGAAUGAAGAUGUCUUUCCCCUGGUGUUUGUGUUGCAGAUCUGCGGCCACCCGAAGCCUGGCGUGUUUCAUUUCUUGCUUGUGAAGAAAUUAGGUACCAAGCAUACCAUUUCAUUAUCAAGCAACCUUGCAAUUGCAAGUUUUUUUUUCAUGUGAAUCCAUCUGUUCUUCUCACAAAAGUAGUCUAAUAUACUCAUCCUUACCCGACCUAGUUUCAUACCAUCUAAACUAACAUUUUCGUUGCUUCUUUUUGUCACUGUAACACACGUCAUUGAAUCUACACUACUACACUACAUCAUGGCCGAUCCAAAGCCCAUCAAGCUCAACCCCCCGACCAAAUAUGCCCCAGCUACCAAGAACUCACCUCCCGUGGACCCUCCCACGCUCGACUGGCUCACCACAACAUGGAGCGUCACGCACUCGACGCUGAGCAUGUGGCGCGAUGCCCGCAACGUCCGCAUCACAUACAAGCUCCUCCCCGGAACAGCAGAUGGCCGACCCCGUCUCGACGACCUCGUUGAGUACGAGCCGCUCUCCAAGGACGGAACGCUCAAGACGGUCCAGGGCACCGACACACAAGCUUCGUCUAUCGGCUGGGACUGGCGGGGCAAAGGAUGGCUUGUCUUUGUCAACUCGCACUGGGAAUUGCUGGGCUGGGGCGAGGCCGUCACUUCAGAGGGUGUCAAGGAGAGAUGGGCUGUUACGUGGUUUGCCCCUACGGUGUUUACGAAGGAGGGCGUUGAUAUCUACUGUGAUCGUAAGGAGGGGCUGAGUGAGGAGACGUAUGUGAGGAUCAGAGAGGCUUUGAAGGGAUUGGAGACGAAGAAGGUGCCUGAGAUGGUUGAGGCACACAUGCAGCCUGUUGAGAUCAGGUUGCCGUGGGUUGAGGGGAGCAAUGAGUAGGCGACGUGUGUGGACGAGCUUCUUAGUUUGACUUUUUAGUAUUUUGGUGUAAUAUACCCUAUCGCUUGGCAUAGAAAUGCUGCCUAAUGGAUGUGUACAGAUCUCAGAAUUAUACCAUCUUUGCAAUAUCAUGUGAGCUCUGCG